ACGGAGGCAGUCGUCUUCGCUGCGCCAAGCCGGAUGAGACAAGCGCAAGUAGCCUACUAGUACUGUAGCUCCGGUCAUUUGGCAGCCGGUGCGACCUGACUUGAAAGACACGGUCCCAGUCACGACUACCGGUGUCCGGAAGGAAAUAACGGACGGCAAAGGGACCUGAUAUCGGGAAUUAAUUUGCAAAAUAGCGACACGUGGAGCAACAAAAUAAGGAGAGAAAGAAAGACAGGCCAGCAGAAAGAAAAGAAAAGAACAAGACGCAAGCUCCCCGUCUGUCGAGUCCGAAGAGGCGCCCCUGGUGCCGUCUGUACAGGUCACCUCAACCGUGACGGCGCGGCACAAUGGAGGCUUGACCCGCUGUCCCCGAGACAGCUAUCAGAAAGCAAAUAUUUAAACUCAUUAUACCUCUGGCUCCCAGAGCGGCUGACGCUGGGACCUACAACGGAAGCAGAGUGGAGAGAGAGAGAGAGAGAGAGAGAGAGAGAAAGGAAGGAAGGAAGGAAGAAAAAAGAGGGGGGGCAGUGAAGAAAAAAGAGAGAGCAAACACAUUGAGAGUGAACUCGGGCGGCUAUUUCUGCCACGCUGUGGGCAGAAGAACGUCUCAUUUGGGAGUGCACUUGGACUGCAGAAAAAGGAUUUCCCUGUGCCCUGCCUGUUUACCCAAAUGCCUGUCUAAAUACUGGAUGGAGAUAUCAAUUUUGUAGCCGGUCCAAAAAGGCGCCCCAACAAAAGAGUCUAACUAUAGAAGAGCCUGAAGCUUCAGCGGCCCCCUCCUCUUGACUCCCUCACAGGGCCCUCCAGGGGAGAGAAAAAAAAAUAAUACAGUACACAAGCAAAGUUAAAGGAGAUUAUCUGUUUGUUGUGCGAUAGCUUUCAGAUUUUAAACUGAGAAGUCUCACCAAGAUCAAACACAGACGAUCAGAUAAUCUUCUGGAAUAAUCCGCCCCGGCCGUCGUCUAGAGACUUCAUCUCCUGCGAGGCUGCUCUUGUGCCCAGGCCGAGGCGCUGUGCAGUGUUGGGGGACGACUGCUCUUUCGGCUGCUGCCUGCUUUGAUGCAUUUACCCAUCGGGGUGGUGCAGGAUGAAGCCCUUGACUCCCAUCGGCUCCCCGUCCCCCCUGCGACUCCUCAACAAGGGCCCGGACUACCUGCGCUGGCAGAUGGACACUGGCAACCGCGGGCGGGCGGUGAGCGCCGUGGAGCGUCUGGAGGCCGACAAGGCCAAGUACGUGAAGAGCCAGCAGGUCAUUAACACCAAGCAGGAGCCGGCGCUGGUGCCCUGCGCCACCCCUCCGCCCCCACCACGCCGGCCGCUGGCCGUGUCGGCCUGCUCCACGCCGCGCCUGCCGCACCGCUGGCACCAGGACGGCUUCUACUCCACCUCCACCCCACUCUCCCCGCGGGACGACAGCGAGGACGACUCCAGGAAGGAGAACUGCCAGGGAGGGGACGACGACGACGACAAGGAUGAUGAAGAUGAUGAGGGAGCGCCGGCGAGGAAGAGCGUGGAGGAGCAGAACCGCACCAACGCCAAGCGUGUGCUCAUGCCGUCUCCGCGGAUGCCCGUCCCCGUGCCGCUCGUGGCGCCCCACAGCGCCCCCGUGCUGCGGCGGAGCACCGGCAAGCGCAUGCUGCGGCCGGACUCACUGGUCAUCUACCGGCAGAAGAAGGAGUGCAAGUCGCCCACGGUGACCAUCGCGGGGGGUAACAGCGCCACGGAGACCAAAGGCUACAGCUUUGUGCGGAGGCUCUUCCAGGGCUCCAUGCGGGAGAAGAGCAGUGGGGGUGGAGACAAGAUGACCAUCAGCGAGGAGAAGGCGCCGUCACGAGACGGAGACUCGCGCAUGUCCUGGUCCAACGACAAGAACUCGGUGGAUGGCGUGACCGGUGGCAACGAGACACGGCGGUCCAGCAGAUCCGACCGGGCACGUUCGGUGGAGUCCGACAACGGGAACGUCUACCUCGUGGAGAGGCCGGCGAAGAAGCCCAAUGGAGCGCUCAACGGCACGAGUGACCACUCGAACAACAACACCACCGCGUUCACCACCACCACGGAUGACGACAUGGACCCCUGGAAGCCCGUGGUUCCGCCCGUGGCCCUGCGGACCGGGCUGCGGCGCUCCAAAUCGGAGCUGCGGCUACGCUCGUCCUCGCUGGCGCUGUCCGAGCAGGAGCGCUUCUUCGACUUCUGCGGCCUCGACCUGGACAUCAUCGAAUGGCUGGGCCCCGAGAACUUCCUGUCCGGCGCCAGCUCUAUCGACACGCUCUCGCUCAUCCUGCGCAGCGUGGCCGGCGGCUCGGAGCCCAGCGAGUUCUCACGCCACUCGGGCGACGGCCUGUUUCAGGAGGAGCUGGCCGAGCAGCUGCCCACCGGGGUGUCCAUCAUCGAGCGCAACGCGCGGGUCAUCAAGUGGCUCUACGGCUGCAAGAACGCACAGAAGGAGGGACCCAAAGAGUCCACAGUGUAGCCACUGACUGACUCCAACUGAGUGGACAGGGCUAAGGACUAAAGCCCCUAUGCAGAGCUGAUACGCCAUAGAGUACUUCUGACAGAUCGAUAUGCUGUAUUUAUUUCUUUUGAGAAUAUGUGAGAGACUGUUAGUGCUGUGAAUGCACCAACCCUUCCCCUUUUGCCACAUACUGAAACCGCCCUUCUACCCUCCUUUUAGGAUGACGCAUUUUACUGGUCGCCUGUUUUCAAACAACUCUCUUCUGUGUCAUGCUCAAAACUGUUCAAAAUUUAGUCUCGAUUCUGUGAUACUAGGUCAUGUUGUAAUGUGUGUUAUUGCACCAACUGUGUUGUUUGCUUAACAUGCCUCUGCAUCCUGUGUCUUUGCAAGUUAAUAAUUUAUGAACAGAAAAAAAAACAUUGAGUUUUGUUUCCCCUGACCAGAAGAAGUGAUGUGAGUAUUAAGUGAACCGUGUGUACCUCAUUUCUCCACUGUCCCAGAUUAGUAUGGGUUGUGUGUGUGUGUGUAUACCUCAUUUUCCCACUGUCCCAGAUUAGUAUGGGUUGUAUGUGUGUGUUCAUAUUUUUUUUUUCUUCCUUAAACGCAGGCGUUGGAACAAACAUGCAAUACACCCCUAUGGGGCCUGAAGAGCACUGAACUGGAGUGAAAACAAGAGAGAGUGAGAGAGCAAGAGAGAGCAAUAGAGAGAGAAAAAUAACAUAGACCUAUGAUCUCUUUAAUUUACUGUGCAUAAAGAAUGCUGUUCCUGAUAAACCAAGAGUACAAUCUCAUAGUAUUUAAACUCACUCAUCAGGCUCAGAUCAAGCUUAGUUGAACCAGACAUGCACCACUGCACAUUUUGCUGACUGAAUUGCUCUACAAUUCCAAAUCCAUAGAAACAGAGUGUAUGUUCUGUUUCUAUGUGUAGAUUUCUCCAUGUCACAGAAUAUUCCAGCAAUACCAGAGACAUCAUAGACUAGAUCACUUGUUACUGUCAAUAUGUCUCACGUUUUAAAGAAAACAAAGCAAUAAUCAAAUACUCAACGCAGAGCACGACUUCAGACUCUGCUGCAUGAUGAAGGGGCCAGUGCGCUUUAUUCCCCUCAGCCGAAUAGUGUUAGGUAGUCUGACAUGGCAUGAAUGACACUCACAUAAAGGCAAACUCCCACAGGGCCAACAGCACUCCCCCAAUGUGUCAGACUGUGAUCUGUCUCUCCGUCUUAAAACAUGAAGGGAGGGAGCUAAGGGCCCUUUUAAUCAACACCCCCACCUUACACACACACACACACACACACACACACACUCACUCUCUCAUACACACACCCACUCUCACACACACACACACCUUACCUUAUGCCCUCAGCCACUCAUUCACACUUUAGUUAAAAGCAGUAUGUAGGCCAGGGGUCAUAGUAGACCCACUGCAAACUGGAUAGGAGAGUUACAGCAGUGUGUGCAGGUCACAAAAUCAUGUGACCUGUGUGGAAAUUCUGACAUCCCCACAACCAUGAUAGAUGCCUUGUAUGACCUGCUCUGGAUGGGUUCUCUGCUCCUCUAAAUCUGCUGGAACUUGGUUUGAUAUGUUGGUCUCGACGCAGAUCUGUAUGCUGAAGGUCCGAAAGAAUGGCCAUCUGGCCACAGCCAAACUGGAAAUGCUAGAGAGCUGUUGUGUUUGCAUGUUUACAGGAUGGUGUAUAUAAUUCUGCAAAGAUUUUCUUUCUAUCUAUGAGAGGUUUAGAUUUUAUUCCAAAGAACAUUGUGUAUUAUUUACACACAAGGUCAACAUAAUAAAGUACUAUUUGUCUUUUUUACUUGCAAUCAACAGAAGUAAAGUAGAAAUUGUACAAAAUUCA